UUGCGUUGUCUAUUCAGAUUGAGGUUGUACGUUAAAAAUAUUAUUGUCUCAAAUAGAAUUUUUGGAAACCACGUUAAAGCUUUAUUUAUAGAUUAAUUUAAUAUCAUCGUGUUAAUGGAGGACAGUUUGUAAAGCCAAAAAAAUGCUUGCAAGGUUAUGAGAUGCAUAUCAGAUCCAGACUCUCUGUUUCAUCAUCUUCAAUGGCUCGUGUGUUGCUUCAGAUCCUGAUAAUCACUUCUCUUCAUCUCAUCUCUCCAUCAAGUCAACAAGAGACAAGGUUUGUCUAUGAAAACUUCACCUCCCAAGAAAACCUCUACCUAGACGCUUCCGCAAAGGUACUUCUCCCCAGUGGAUUACUGCAGCUGACAAACACUUCAGAUUAUCAAAUGGGCCGAGCUUUCCACAAGAAACCAAUUCAGUUGAUCACUUCCUUCUCAACUCAUUUCGUCUGUGCUCUGGUGGCUAAGCCAGGCGUUGAACCCGGGCACGGUCUCACCUUUUUAAUAUCUCCUUCUCUGGAUUUUUCUUACGCAGAGUCAACAAGAUACUUGGGGGCUUUCAACGCGUCAAGAUCUCCCGCUCUUGCUGUCGAGCUCGACACUAUUUGGAACCCGGAGUUUAAUGAUAUCAAAGUCCGUGGCGGUCACGUUGGUAUCGAUGUCAACGAUCCUAUAUCUAUCGAAGUGGCUCCAGCGUCUUACUAUUCCAAAGGAGGAAACGUAAGCUUAAACCUCUUGUCUGGAAACCCUAUACAGGUUUGGGUGGAUUACGAAGGCUCUAUGCUUAAUGUCUCGUUGGCACCUCUUGAAGUGGAGAAGCCAAGCCGGCCUCUGUUGUCACAUCCAAUCAACCUUUCAGAUAUUUUUCCUAAUAGAUCGAAACUCUUUGUUGGAUUCUCAGCUGCAACAGGGAACUCAGUGUGUGAUCACUAUAUUCUUUGGUGGAGUUUCACCACAAGCGGAGGAGGAUCAUUGGAGAAACUUGACAUCUCGAAACUUCCUCAAGUUCCUCAUCCUACAUCUCAUCCUAAGAAGCUUCCUCAGUGGAUUAUAAUCAUGAUUGUUUGUCUGGGUGUUGCGGUGUUGGCUGUUCUUGCGGGAGUUUAUUUCCACAGGAGGAAGAAGUUUUCAGAAGUUUCUGAAACGUGGGAGAAGGAGUUUGAUGCGCAUAGGUUCUCUUACAAGUCAUUGUACAAAGCAACAAAAGGGUUUAGUAAGGAUGAGUUUCUUGGGAAAGGAGGUUUUGGUGAAGUCUAUAGAGGAAAACUUCCUCAAGGGAGAGAGAUAGCAGUGAAGAGAGUUUCCCACAAUGGUGAUGAAGGUGUGAAGCAGUUUGUGGCUGAGGUUGUCAGCAUGAGGUGUCUGAAACACAGGAAUCUUGUUCCGCUUUUCGGUUAUUGCAGGAGAAAACGGGAGCUUCUUUUGGUCUCUGAGUACAUGCCUAACGGUAGUCUUGACGAGCAUUUGUUUGAUGAGGCGAAACGGAUUCUUUCUUGGAAAGAAAGGCUUGUGGUUGUUAAGGGAAUAGCGUCUGCUCUCUGGUACUUGCACACAGGUGCUGACCAAGUUGUUCUGCACCGAGAUAUCAAAGCUUCAAACAUAAUGUUGGACGAAGAGUUCAACGGUAGGUUAGGGGAUUUUGGGAUGGCUAGGUUUCAUGAACACGGAGGGAGUGCAGCCACAACGGCUGCAGUGGGAACUGUUGGUUACAUGGCGCCUGAGUUAAUCACAAUGGGAGCUUCCACUGGAACUGAUGUUUACGCCUUUGGUGUUUUCAUGCUUGAAGUAACAUGUGGGAGGAGACCGGUGGAACCACAGUUGGAAGUUGAGAAACGGCAUAUGAUCAAAUGGGUGUGUGAGUGCUGGAAGAAGGAUUCUCUGCUUAAUGCUAUCGACCCGAGGCUGGGAGAUGAGUUCUCACCAGAGGAAGUGGAGAUGGUUAUGAAACUCGGUUUGCUAUGUUCAAAUAUAGUGCCGGAGUCCAGACCAACGAUGGAGCAAGUGGUCUUGUACCUAAAUGAAAACAUGCCUUUGCCUGAUUUUUCACCGUAUACUUUGGGGAUUGGUACAUUUGCUCCGGUUCUGGUUGAUGCAGCUUCUCUUGUAGUCUCAUCCGCUUCAUGGAGUUGGUCAGCUUCUUCUUCGGCCAACCACUCACCUUACGCUUAUCAGGGAACAGAUCUGCCAUGGGGACAGACGGUAGAGACGAAGAACUCUCUUCACAUAGUUUCAGAACUAGAGAAGCCUAAGACUCAGACUCUCUCAUCUGCUGUCAAAACUACUGUCACAUCUUCUGCAGAAGAUCUCGAGUCCAAUCUUUCCAGCAUCAGCAGUCAGAGGUAAUCUCUGAUGUACAUUCAUAUCAGCAAACAGAUCUUAGUCUCAAGAUUGUUUUUUAAUAAUCUGUCUCACUUGUCCCAAUAUAAUCAGUUUCUUCAUUUGUAAAUGUUUACCGUAUACAUGUUUGCUCUCUCUGUUACCAAGCAAUGAGAUGAGAUUUCUCCUCAGGCUAUGUUGUAGAAAGCUGUUUUGGUUUAUGUGUGCUAUGUUGUAGUAAUGAAUCCGAAGACUAAUCAGUUUGUACCUUUGUAAAUGGUUGUUUUAGAAAAAAAAUGUAUGGUUAUUGGAAAACUUCUAAAUGCUUAGAAUUUGCAUGUA